GCUUCGUAGAGGAUCGUUGCAUUGUAUCCGAGUCUAACGAAAGGGGCGAAAGGACAAGGAAGUGCUUGGCAGGGGUGGAGCUCUUUGUUUUCCCCCUCAAGCAGGAGGGGCACCAUUAAUUUUCAUUUUCAGUUCGGCUCCGUGUUGGUCUCGAGUUGCCUGCCUCAUCUAUGGGACAACUGGCCUGAAGUGAAAACACAGUAACGAUAACUGGGGAAACACAAGAGUGUUGUUUUCUUCUUUCCAUAAAAAGCCUGGAGUGGAGUUGUGCCUUCGACUUGCUUGAGAAAGAGGCAUGCUAUGUGGCAAUUAAAGAUAAUCUCCUUCAAAGCAAUGUGACCAUCGGACACUGACUGGACCUACAUUCGUGGAAACUGCUGGUUUUCUCCUUGUGCUCCCUUCUGAUUCUCAGCUUCAGUGGGGAACCUUUGGAAGUGACCCUUUGCUUGCUCCUGACUUCCCCAGGUGUUAGGGGUGCAAUGGAUAAGGCCCUCUCGUGGGUCAGGAAUCUAUUCCCUGAGAAAGACAUGGAAGAAAGUAAAUCGAUUCUGCAAAGAAAUUCAUCAGCGGAGAGGGAAACAUCCUACUAUACCAGCAUCAAUGGAGGGGAUACUACAGAGGUCUCCUGCAUUCCUUGUGCCGGCAUCAGCAGCCGGUCCUCUGUCACUUGCCCUACUUGCCAAGGCACUGGAAGGAUCCCCCGAGAGCAAGAACAGCAGCUGGUGGCUCUCAUUCCAUAUGGAGACCAGCGGCUGAAGCCCAGGAGAACAAAGCUGUACGUGUCUCUCACAGUGGCCAUUUGCCUGCUGAUGACAUGCCUCGUGAUGUACUUCCUGUUCCCACGUGCCAUCCUGGUGAUCCCGGCUGGACUCAAUGCCUCCUCCAUCUCUUUUGAUAAUUCGUCUUACAGCAUUACCCUCAAUAUGACUAAUAUACUGAAUGUGACCAACAGCAACUUUUACACGGUGACUGUGGCUCAGCUUGCUAUUGAAGUCUUGCACAAGACACUGGUGAUCGGGAAAAACACCAUGAUGACCCAGCUGGACAUCAGGCCACUGCAAGGGUCUCAGAUACUUUACAGUGUCUCCAGUAGAAUCAUGGAUAAUAACACUUACAAAAUUUGCACUUGGUCCAAAAUAAAAGUUCACAAUGUUCUUCUGCACAUACAGGGUACCCUGACUUGCUCCUAUCUCUCUCACUCAGAGCAGCUGUCCUUUGAGAAAUACCAGUAUGUGGACUGCAGAGGUAAUGCCAUACUCCCCAGCAUGUCCUGAGUCCAUGCAUCUCCAUGGCUACACUAAACUUCUCCAGGGGUUCCUGUUGGCUUCAUCUUCCGUGCUCCUCAGUCACAUCCCUCCUGUGAACCAGCUACGUUUUGCAGCUCCGAUUCAGUGUUGGCAAUUCUGCUGCAAAACAAGCCAGAGCAGUACAUUUUCUCUCAAGAGACUUGGGGACGUUGUGGGUUUUGACCAUUUGUGCCUUGAGGGAACAGCGUAAAUGCAACCACUGGUAGAAAAGAUAGUGCUGCUGGUAAACCGUGCCAGAACUGCUGGUUUCUGUGGUGGAAUUUGCAAAGGUGGGGCUGUGUGGAUCAUUGGCCGGCUGCUCAGAUUGCACUGAUAUUCUGUAAACAUUUCCUAGAGGCUGCUGGCCUAGAGCUAGGAUUUAGGGCAAUGCAACCUGCUCGUGUAGUUUCCAUGGAGGACUGGGAGCUGACCUCUGAGCCUUUGUUCAAAAUCAUCAUCUCCUACACUUUAGCAGCUGGGAGGAACCUGGGACUUCGCAAGUCCUGCUUCUCAGUGCAGCUGUUUGUACCUCUUUCCUCAAAGCCUUCUCGCUGGGUAUUAGGUCAGUUCAUAGUAGCAUGUGGGGAGGGGAGGGGGAGGGAAGAGUAUGUAGCAUUGAAAUGGCUUAGGAAGUCACAAACAUCUCCAUGUAGAAAUGCUGCCUAACUUUAUCCCUUUCCUGCAAAAUCCUCUUGUGGGUUUUGCUGAGAGAACAGCCACAGACAUCAAUUUCCUCCUGGGCAGUUUGGGCCAGUUCUCUGUGUUCUUCUAAAUAAAAUAGUCUCAUGCAUCGUUA